AAAAUAAUAAUAAACGUACAUUGUGAUUUGUAAUGGUCAUACAAGAUUAACUCAAGUAUUUCAAACGGCAAAAUAAAUAACAACCAAUACGAAAAACAUGCGUAGACCGAAGACCGAUACUUACUAGUUACAAUCAGUCUAUACGCCAAUAAAAUCUCCUAAUUGAGCUGCAUUAACACACCUCACAAACUCACAAAUUGAAUGCAACACUAUUUCCGGACCAGAAUCAAAUAAUAUAUAUGUCGUAGGCAUAUAGUCAAAUCAGGCAUUUUAUCAAAUGCCUAGGCAUAUAGUCAAAAAAUUUAAUGUUUAUGCAAUUUCACUAUCCGCCUAGACAUUUAGUUAAAUGCCUAGUCAUUUAAUUAAAUGACUAGGCAUUUGACUAAAUGCCUAUUUCAUGCCAGGCAAAUAAUAAAAAAACAUUAGCUGUGUAUUAUUUAUUAAUAUGAAAAACACGUAGAUACUCGUAUAUGAAAUAAUAUGUUUAAUUUUGUGUUAAUUAUUAUUUAGUAUUGUUUUAAAAAUGAAAUCAUAAAUAUAUUCAGGUAAUAACUAAUUAGAUGUGAUAGACAUAAAUGAUAGUACGAGUAUUUUGUAUAGCAUAUAUAGUCAAUAUAGUCUAUAGUACGAGUAGUGAGUACUAUAUAUUCUUAUUAAAUAAAAAUAAAAGUUCCAUUGGUUUUUACCUUGGAAAAUUAACGUGGCAAAACCAAUAUUAUUUAUGUCGUAAAUAUGAUCUGAUUGAAGUAGGAAAUGUUAAACAUAUUAUUUUAAAACCAAAAACUAAAACCGAAAAUAUUAUUUAUGUUGUACCAUAUGAAAACUAUUUUGAAAAAAUCGAAGAAAGCCAUAAAGCGACUGGUCAUGGUGGAAGGGAUAAAGUUGAGCAGAAUUUAAAAAAUAAAUACAACAUUCCUCGAAUAGCAAUCCAAAUAUUUAUUAAUUUGUGUACAACUUGUAACAAAAAAAAAUCAAAACCUUGUAAAGGCGUCGUUAUAAAACCAAUAUUAUCGGCAGAUUUUAAUUCAAGAGGGCAAAUUGACCUUAUUGAUUUCCAAUCAACACCCGAUGGAAAUUUUAAAUGGGUCAUGAACUAUCAGGAUCACGCAACCAAAUAUUUAUAUCUUCGACCACUUACUUCAAAACGAGCCACCGAAGUUGCACACGAACUUUUAAAAAUUUUUUUGAAACAAGGAGCACCUCAAAUACUUCAGUCUGAUAAUGGGCGAGAAUUUACAGCGAAAAUAAUUGAAGAAUUGGCAGAAUUGUGGCCUGAAUGUAAAAUAGUACAUGGGCGGCCACGGCACCCUCAGAGUCAGGGAUCUGUAGAAAGAUCAAAUCAAGAUGUUGAAAACAUGUUACGAGCUUGGGUCGUAGACAAUAAAAGUACCAAGUGGUCAAUCGGAGUUUAUUUUGUACAAUGGCAAAAAAACAUUUCACAUCAUCGAAUUUUAGGUCGUUCGCCAUAUCGAGCCUUGUUUGGCACUGAACCGAAGGUAGGUCUUAGUUCUACAAACUUACCUGCCAAAAUUAUUCAAAAAUUAUCAAGUGAAGAAGAUUUUGAAAAUAUUUUACAAGACAAUUCAGAACAUAAUUUUGACAAUAUACCUUCAAAGAAAAAAAUAUAUAGUGACAUAAAUAAUAUCUGCAGUGUUUGUGAAAAAUCAGGUAGUGAACUAAAAUGUACUAUAUGUAAAAGAAAUAUUCAUUCUGAUAAUUGCAGCUAUUCUAUAAAUAAUAGUAACGAUAUUGAAAAUAUUUGUCUGCUAUGUAAUAAUGAAAAACAGAUAAAAGUUAACCGCAUUGAAUCUUACAAACGGCAAACAAUAGCAGCUAAAAAAAUGACAGAAAAUAGUGAAAAACUAUUUAAAGAACUAAAGGUUGGUGAUCAAAUAGUAAUUAGUGUUCCAAAAGUAGACCGAGGACCUCUCGAUAGUCAAAAUAUAAAUGGGUUAGUGAUAGACAUUCGGAACGGCGUUUACCAAAUUGGUACAGAAGUUGGUAUAAUAAAAAAUUGGUGUUCAAGAGAAGAACUUCAACUAGUGUCGAAUAAUGGUUUAGAAGAUAGCAAAAUACAAAAAGACAAAUUCGUGUCCAUACGUGAAGCAGUAGCAAACUUAUCAAUUUUCAACGGUCAAGGUUUUGUUAAAUGUCAAUGUCAAGCAGGAAAGCGGCAAUGUCAAACCAAUAGGUGCUUAUGUUUUAAGAAAAAUCUUAAAUGUUCCAGCAAAUGCCACCAAAUAACAACAUGUGACAACAAGCAAUAGGUAACAAAAACUUGUAAUUAUAAUAUACCUUUUUUAUUUAUUUUUUAUUAUUUCAUUUUUAAAACAAUACUAA